AUGUCGACCGGUGAUAAUAACCACCACCCGGCACGACGACAAUUAAUUAAUACGCAGUCAUCGACCAUCUUCGUAGUUUCGUACGUCAACGUGUUUGUCCGCUGUAGUGCUUGUUUAUCCCGUUUUAAAAACAAAGACAAAAUGCCAAAAACUAAAUCUAAUUUGGGUUCAUCCAUAACUCGAUGGAUUGAGCCUUAUAAUCGCGACAAAACUGUGUUUACCACUAGUGGAUUAGUAAUUUAUUGUCAAGUUUGUGACCGGCAAGUGCGUUGUAACAAAAAAUUUCAAAUAACACAACAUGUAACUACCGAGUUUCAUUUGAAAUGUUUGAAAAAAAGUUCUAACAAUAGUAAACAAAUGUUGAUGGGAGAUGAAAUCAAACCAAAAACAUCAAGUUUUAAUGAAGAUCUGUGUUUGAGCCUCAUAGCAGCAAAUAUACCUUGGUUUAAGCUACAAAAUCCAGUCUUCCACGAUUUUUUACAAAAUUAUACAAAAAAACACAUUCCUGAUGAAAGCACUCUACGAAAAUCUUUCUUACAUCCGUGUUAUGUAAGUACAAUUGAAAAAAUUAGAGAAAAAAUUGGAGACUCGUAUAUAUAUUUAGUCGUUGAUGAAACUACAGAUAUCAACGGUAGUUAUAUUGCAAACCUUUUGGUUGGUGUGUUAAAUGAACAAAGUCCUAGUAAACCAUUUUUAAUUGCAUGCAAAAAAUUAGACAAAACUAAUCAUUCGACAAUUUCUCGCUUCGUAAAUGACAGCCUGAGAAUAUUGUGGCCUCAUGGUGGGAAUGAUGAAAAAGUAUUACUUUUAUGUUCCGAUGCAGCACCAUAUAUGAUCAAAGCUGGUAAAACAUUAAACGUAUUUUUUCCCAAUAUGAUACAUAUUUCAUGUCUUGCUCACAUGAUCCAGCGUCUAGCAGAAAAAGUUAGAGAAAUGUACCCCAAUGUAAAUACUUUGGUUAGUAAUUUAAAAAAAGUAUUUCUUAAAGCACCUCAGAGAGUAGAUGUAUACAAAGAAAUAAUGCCCAGUGUGCCUUUGCCGCCAGAACCAGUGUUAACCAGAUGGGGGACAUGGAUUAAAGCAGCUAAUUUUUGCGCAGACCAUUUUGAUAAUCUCAAAAUAAUUUUACAGAAAUUAGAAGAUAAAAAUGUUGUUAGUAUAAAAAAAUGUAUUAAUAUGCUAAGUUUGGAGUCUGUUAAAAAUGACCUUACAUUUAUUCAAUCUCAUUUUUUUAUACUAGUGAAAAGUAUAAAAAAUUUGGAACGUUCUAGUUUAACUUUGUGUGAUUCUAUUCAAAUAGUAAAUAAUGUUAUUUUGGCGAUGGAAAAAGUACCAGGACAACAGGGAAAAAUAAUUCAAGAAAAAUUGUUAUAUUUAAUUGAAAAAAAUGUUGGAUUCCAAACCGCGAAGCAGAUAACAACAAUUUUGUCAGGUAAAGAAAACAGUAUUAUGCCAUCUAAUUUAACUCCUUCUAUGUGUUCAUGUAUGAAGUUUGCACCGAUAACUUCGGUGGAUGUAGAAAGGUCUUUUAGUACGUAUAAGUCAAUUCUAACUGAAAAAAGAACUUCCAUGACAUCAGAAAAUAUGGAAAAAUAUAUUAUUGUUCACUGUUAUGAAAAUUAUUAA